GGCCCCGCGCGCACUCGCCGCCCCGCCGGCCCCGUCGCGGGCGGACACCUGCGGGCCUGAUGAGUCAGAGGCAGGUGCUGCAAGUGUUCGAGCAGUACCAGAAGGCUCGGACCCAGUUCGUGCAGAUGGUGGCCGAGCUGGCGACCAGACCCCAGAACAUCGAGACGCUGCAGAACGCGGGUGUAAUGUCUUUGCUGAGGCCUCUUCUUCUGGAUGUGGUCCCAACAAUUCAACAGACUGCUGCUUUGGCUCUUGGGAGACUGGCUAAUUAUAAUGAAGACCUAGCAGAAGCAGUUGUGAAGGGUGACAUUCUUCCACAGCUUGUUUAUUCAUUAGCAGAACAGAAUCGUUUUUAUAAGAAAGCAGCUGCCUUUGUGUUAAGAGCAGUUGGUAAACAUUCUCCUCAGCUAGCUCAGGCGAUAGUUGACUGUGGAGCCCUGGAUACACUGGUGAUAUGCUUGGAGGAUUUUGACCCUGGAGUCAAGGAAGCUGCAGCCUGGGCACUUGGAUAUAUUGCAAGACACAAUGCAGAACUGUCACAAGCUGUGGUGGAUGCGGGAGCUGUUCCUCUUUUAGUACUUUGUAUCCAGGAGCCAGAAAUUGCUUUGAAAAGGAUUGCUGCUUCCACCCUCAGUGAUAUUUCAAAGCAUUCUCCGGAGUUAGCACAGACAGUAGUGGAUGCCGGAGCUGUUGCUCACUUAGCCCAGAUGAUCCUGAAUCCUGAUGCUAAGUUGAAGCGUCAAGUCCUUUCAGCUCUUGGUGAGAUUGCAAAACACUCUGUGGAUCUGGCAGAAAUGGUGGUUGAGGCAGAGAUUUUUCCAGUUGUACUUACCUGUUUGAAGGACAAAGAUGAAUAUGUGAAGAAAAAUGCUUCCACUUUAAUUAGAGAGAUUGCAAAACAUACACCUGAGCUAUCACAGUUGAUUGUCAAUGCAGGAGGAGUUGCUGCCAUGAUUGAUUGUAUUGGGUCCUGCAAAGGAAAUAUAAGGCUGCCUGGCAUCAUGAUGCUUGGAUAUGUUGCGGCUCAUUCUGAGAACUUGGCAAUGGCGGUGAUCAUUUCCAAGGGUGUGCCCCAGUUGUCAGUAUGCUUGUCAGAAGAACCAGAAAAUCAUAUUAAGGCUGCUGCUGCUUGGGCCUUGGGACAAAUUGGGAGACAUACUCCGGAACAUGCACGAGCUGUUGCAGUUUCUAAUACUCUGCCAGUUCUGCUUUCUUUGUACAUGUCAAGAGAUAGUUCUGAGGAUCUUCAAAUAAAAAGUAAAAAGGCCAUAAAGAAUAUCCUACAAAAAUGUACCUAUUUACCAGCACUUGAGCCAUUUCUGUAUGAUGCUCCUCCCAAUAUUCUGAAACAUGUGGUUGGACAGUUCAGCAAGGUGCUGCCACAUGACAGCAAAGCUCGAAGACUCUUUGUAAUAAGUGGUGGACUUAAAAAGGUUCAAGAGAUAAAAGCAGAACCUGGGUCUCUCCUUCAGGAAUACAUCAAUAGUAUUAACAAUUGUUACCCAGAGGAAAUAGUAAGGUACUAUUCCCCUGGAUAUUCAGAUACUCUUCUUCAGAGAGUAGACAGCUAUCAACCACUUACUAACUAAAUGAAACUAUGUUUUUCUACUUGAAUUCUCAGCAGAGUAUUUAUGAAUAAUAGUUGUUAAAGCUCUUUCUAAAUAUAUGAACUAAGUACAUUCUAGAUUAAUUCAAUGUGAAAUGCCUUUUUAAUAAUACUUUCUAAAUUUAUCUAAUUCUUAAAAAAUAGUAGCUUGCAUCUAUUGAAGAACUAUUCUUGAUCAUUUGCAUAGAAUUUGCUCAAUAGGUAGAUCUUAAGAAGAUAUUAAAGGGUUUAAAGGCAUCUGAAAUUCCUAUAUUAAAGUACACACAAAGAAACAUAGAGCCUUCCAGCUAGGUAUAGAUGAAAAAUAGUGUUCAAAAGUUCAUAUUAGUUAUUUAGGCCAGUUCCUCAUAGACAAAGGCAGGGAAAACACAGUAGGCAAUAAAAGGGAAACAGAUAAUAGAGGAAACUAAUGGCAGAAAUGCAGAGCACGUGAGACUUCAAUGCUGGUUACAUAAAUGCAGUAACCUAACACACAGAAUCUAUGUACAAGCUGUCAGGUUUUCCUAAGAACUUUGGAAGCUCUCCUCUUCUGCCAAGUUUUCUAAGAUCUUUUCUCUCCCUACCUAAACUGUUCCUUGCCUUUUAUGGAUGGACAAAGGUAGAAGUAAAUAUUAAGCAUUGUAGUACUGCAGACAUGCUUUCCUUUUUCAUUUAAAGUUUUCUUAGUCUAGUUUUGCUCACAAACAAGGAACCAGGAAUGUAAAUGGGUCCUUAGUAUUCCCUUGUCCUACCUUCACCUUCACAAAUUUCAAAAGUCACAUUUUCUGAAAUUCAAUUUGAAAUGAAUUUAUAAUUUGAAAUGAAUAUCAUGAGGGUCAGACUUAAUAUACAUUAUCAUCUAGGGAGCUGAAAGGGGGUGAGGAGAAAUUUAAAUAAAAUUUUGAAUAAAAACAUUAGAAUUGUCCUUUUUGUCCUGUCUAGUAUGUUUCUGACCUUGGGAAAUGUAAUUAGACUUAGGAGUCUUGGGUAGGUGGCAAAUGUUAUCUUCUGAUCUAAAGGGCCAUUCUUUACAGUGACUCCCCUGGAGGCCUAGAGAGUAGGUGUAUAAUAACCAGAGAGCCCAUAGGCUACAGCAUUUCCAAUGUGGUCAGCUUUCAGUAUUCUUUCUUAGACUCUUCCCCCACACUCCCCAAAAGGAACCUACACAUUUAUUUUUGGCAUUUUCUCCAUUUAUCUCAUCUCUGGCAUCAUCUCCUAACAUUGUAUCACUUUAUUGCAUUUUUUUUAAAGAUUAAUUUUUAUUUAUGCACACAAGAACUGGGGUGUAGGCCAAAGGUACAAGGGGUAAGAGAAUUCACCAGAUUCAGAGUGGGGAGCAGAACAGGCAGAUCCACUGAAAUAUACCGCUAAGGGGAGCAGUGGGCAAGACAGGAGAGGUCUGCUGAACCAUGAGGGUCAGCUCCCUGGCCAGAGUUCAAACUCAUGCUGGCGAUAGCUUGAUAGCAUUUAGACUUUAACCCCUAUGCCACCAAGGAGGCCCCCACUUUGUUGCACCUUUUUAAACUUCAUUAUGCCCAGUACUGUCCCAAUUAUUUUUGCCUGUAUUAGUCUAGGAGAGUUUAUGGUUUGACUUUUGAAAACUUCCUUGGCUUUACUUUGUUUCCUUGCAGUAACUGCUUUGACUCAUUGGAUAAGAAAAUGUAAUUUAUACUUCCAAUUUUUCAGCUUUCUUUCCACCUGCCUGCCCAACUUGUCUUAUGACCACCUUUCAACAAUUUGAGAAAAUAAAAAGAUUGUUUUCAUAUUUCUUCAUAAGGGCCAUUUUGUUAAAGGCAGAAAUGAGUCCAUCUGGGAUAAAACCUCCUUAGAUAUCCUGUAUAUGGUCAAUUUCCCAUUAUGAAUUUCUUGCCAUUUUAUA